AUGCGCCAUCAUGAUCGUCGGUCCUCCACACGCCGACUUUGCACACAAUAUUCUUCCACAACGGCUACCACUGCCAGCAAGGUAACUUCUACUGGUUGCGUUACCCGUCGGCAAUCCGCGCAGCGUCGCAGUAGGGCUAUCAACAAAGAUCGAGAACUUGAAAGGGAACAAGACGAUGAAGGCGAAGGUUUUGAUGAUCUCAUCCAUUGGCAAGAUGAUGAGGCAAUUAUCAGAUUCAAAAAAGUGCUCAAUCACGCAGAUUCCACAGCGAGUGAAAUUUUGCUUCUCAAGCUAGUUUUAAUGAAAGUACAGAGCUCCAGGACGUUGACAAGGUGUGAACCCUUUGUUCACAGAGAAGAAAGGACGACACACGAUAUCGUGACUCCACGGGGAACGUGCGGCAAUACGGAUCCCGAUGGUUAUGUGAGGGAUUUCUUGAGCUCCUUGCGGCCCGACUUGGGGCCCAAGAUUCAGGAGUUCAAGAGAAUCGGCCUUGAUUCAAAAACUACGCUGGAUGCCUUCGUCCGAUGGCAGGCAUCUGAACGGGAGGGCUGGAUUCUCUCUCAAAAUUUGUACCUCCAACUUACACCGUUGGAACUCAGUGGACUGAUGCUGGGCAUAGAGAGAUUGUCAGAUGGGGGUAACGGGGCAUGA